CGGAUUUGUCGGACAAUUUUUUACAAAAAGAAAUCCGCGCCCCGGAGGAUGAAUUGCUUGCCAAAUAGGGCAACAUCAUUAGGUCCAACGGUUGAUGUUUUUAAGAGCAAUGUUCCGUCCUCCGGUGGACGGAUUGUCUGCAAGAGUAGGCAAAAGAAUCGGUAUGGACAAUCUUUUGCAAAAGGAAUUCGCCCCCCGGAGAACGGAUUGCCUGCAAGAGUAUGCAAAAUAAUCGAAACGAAUUUUUUUUGCAGGACAGUUUUGAAAAGGACAUUAUAAUAUUUUGUUUACUUUUUCCGGCAGAACCAUAGAACCAAGUGGCCAGUGUGGAAGCGGAAUGAAAGGGAUCCGGAAAUAUGGGCCAGCGGUUGCAAGACUUUAUCGGGAAGCUAAUCUGGCGGUCCGUUUCGAGGACUAUAGGAUGCUGCGGGAAAUGAUCUGGGACCAGCGUACCAAAAUUCACCAGAGCUUUUGAACGAACCCGUUCAUGUCCCGACAGCAAGUCAUGGUUGUCAAGAAAAGAACACCAACAAUGACCAACAAGGCCAGAACCGGGCCGGAAUGCUGCCGACGAGUUUUAAGUACCUUCGGCGUGUGGUGAAUCAGUCCGACUCGACGUUGUCCAUCAGACAACCAACUUAUACGAAACGACGAAAUCCAGCAAGAACCGAGCUGCAGGCAAAUUUGGCACGAACGGUCAUCCUACUCGUUAGAAACGGGUUCUAUCAUUGUCACCGAUCUCGGCAGACGGCGGCGGCAACGAUCAACUCCUCCCAGGGCUUCCCGGCGGCCGGCGACCAACGACACGCUUAUGUGCAAGUUGCAGCUCUACGACGACGACGAGGCCAGCACGUAGUCGCUGCACAAGUUUUCCGAGACGUAGGCCUGCCUGACCGGAUCGAUGACAACACGACGCUGGAGAAAAGUGAACAACGUCAUGGCCGCAGGAGCCCUGUGUAACUUUUGGUCCUGGAACGAAAUCCUUGAAUUCGAUAUCGCUGCACCACCCAACGCGAAGCAGCCUGCCGGAACCAGGAGAGAUCGUGACCAUUUUCCCAAAGGAACCAACAUUGAAUACCAUGACAAACUUUCUUGCACGAAGCUUUAUUUUAUAAAAUAUGGUCCUGUCAUUAUAUUUUUGUAAUUAUUAUCAAAUAAUUCAAUAAAAAUGCCGUUUAGUUGUUUAUCAAUUAUUCA